AUGUCAGACAAGGAGGCGUAUAAGACCAUCCACCACCUGUGCACCACUGAAGCCAGCCAGGUCCUGCCUGUGGAACUGCAGCUGGUGUCCAGGGUCUGCCACGCCUCCAGGCAGCUUGGCGCAGUACCUGAGUCUCUCCAGCAGAGGGCAACACUCAAAUGGAGCUCUGAGCUGCUGGAUGCACACAGGGUUGUGAGUGAAGGUGUUCCGCCAGAGGCCCUCCCUGCCACAGAGCAGGAGGACUGUGUGUCUGAGCAGUCCGCAGAGAACUCGCUGGCUCUGGCGGACUGGAAACGCAUCGCUGAAUACUAUGUGGAGAGACCCCGCAUCCUGAUGCACGGACGGGCUACUCCACUGUGCGACCAAGAGAUGAAAAUGUUCUGGAGCCCAGCUCCACCAAAGUUCAGAUGUGCACCCAGCUUCCUGAAGGACAAGCUCUUCCCCAAAUACCAGGUAGUGUUGCAACCCACAGUGUCUAUGAAGUUAUUAUGUUUAACUUUGAUCCUUUCUAUUUGCGAUCCCUGUGGCCAGUUGAAGCGUCCCUCUUCCGCCCCGCUCCUGAACGCCAGUGCUGAUGCCGACCUCAGGAUCAGGGCCGACUUCAACUCCAUCAUCUCCGAGCUGGAGGUGGUGGGGAAGCUCAGGCAGUCUCUGACCACCAGAGACGUCCAGCAGCAGCAGCAGCAGCAGCAGCAGGCCCACCAGCCCACCAGCCAGGCUUCACUGGUCAAGGCCUCCCAGGGCUCAGACACGGAGGCGGAAAGAGUGGUGGACCCCCACCUGCUUCAGGCACGGCCCCACGUCCGCCCGCAGCGCCAGCAGAGCUCCCGGGUCCGGGCGGUGCAGGAGGACCUGUCCCAGAGGAGCAUCCCCGCCAGGCGCAGGGGGGCCAAGGCAGGGAGGAAGCUAAGGCCUGGUAAGCUGGCGGAGAUCCUGAGCCAGCUGAAGGAGAAGCCCUGCACACUGCUCAGGAGUGAAUCUGUGAGACUGUUGCCCCAGACGGGUUCUGCCAGUGGACUGUGUGGCAGCCUCCUGCGCUGGCCCAGCCAGCCACUCCUGCUGGACUUCCAGGGUUUCGCCACUGAGCGUGGAGGCGUACCGCCGGAGGUGGAGGUGCGUGAGUGGGUGCGGGAAAUCUGGAAUGCCUGGUUUGACGAGGUCUUCCCCCCACUGAAGGAGAGCGCCAGCCGCAUUAUCGUGGACAGCCGGAGGAACGCCUUGGUUGUCGACAGCGAGCGGACGGAGACCCGCGAGGUGACUCCGGAGCUAGAGAACGUGGACCUGUCCAAGGCGCUCCCCGAGGGGGUCACCGUGGCCGACCUGCAGGAGGAGGUGGAGGCCCUGAGCCAGGCCAUGGCCCAGCAGAAGACAGUCGGCGCCUUUGACUUGUGCCGUCGCGGGGGACUGUACAAGAAGCUCGGCCUCCUCAACCAGGCCAUGGAGGACCUCAACCAGGCCAUAUCCCUGGAGCCGGGCUUACUUGAUGCCUACUGGCACAGACACAGCAUUUAUCUGCUCAGAAAGGACGACAGCAGUGCCCUGAAUGACCUCAACUUCAUCAUCAAGCACACAAAGAAGCAUGCCGAUGCGUUCCACUCCAGGGCUGAAAUCUACAGGGCCAGAGGACAGAGCACUCUGGCCAUUAUCAACUUCACCAAGGCCAUCAGAUGCAGGCCAGAGGAUGAUAAGAACUACUUCAGGAGGGCCCAGAUUUACAUGCAGACAAAUGAGAUACUGCUGGCCAUGGAGGACUACGCUAAAGUACACCGCAAACACAUGCACACACACACACACACUCACACACACACACACACACACAGACAAAUGUUUGGAAUGCCAUGGAAGAGUGCUUUUUGUGAGCUCGUGAAGACAUUGCUAUUUGUGUCAGGCAUAAUCUUUUCUUACCUCAUGUCUCACCUCACCUCAUUUUUCUUUUUCUUUUUUAAAUUGCAGACAUACAGCGUAAACCAUAAAAGGACGGACGCCCUGAUGAUCCACGGGCAGCACUACUUCCAGAACUCAAACUGGCUGGUGGCGCUCGCAGACUUCUCCUCAGUGCUGCAUCAGGAGCCGGGACAUGCCGAGGCCAGUUAUAACCUUUCAAGUUUGGAGUAUCGAGAGUGCGUAAUCCCCUACCUGCUGACCAGACCCACGGCCUUGACUGGAUCUUGGAGUUUGACCAUUAGAAACCAUAGAAAGGCCACCACACUGCCUCACACAGUCCUUUUGUACCACAGGACCUACCGGGGCCAGAUCUACGUCAAGCUGGGUCAGUUUAACAAUGCUGCGGACGACUUGUCCCUGGCCCUGCACCUGAACCCCAACAACUGGCUGGCCUUCUACCACCGUGGCUGCCUGGUGCGAAAGAGACAGCCUGAGAGUGGUAUCAGGGACCUGAGCACAUCUGUGCUGAUCAACGACAGCCCGGCAAACGUCAGCGCCUUCCUGCACCGUGGCCUGAUCUACUCCGACCUCAGGCUGUGGAAACAGGCCCUGGCUGACUUUGAAACCGUCGUCAAAGUCGACAGCACUAUAGCCGUGGCCCAUGUGAACCUGGGCCUUAUUUACAUGCUGAAGAUGAACCAACAACACGAGGCCAUCCAGAUGUUUACCAAUGCCCUGAAAGUAAACCCCACCUACGUUCGAGCUUACAUCUGCCGUGCCAAGGCCUUCCAUAUUGCGGGUGAUUUGAAGAGUGCUUUGAAGGAUCUGACCCGUGCCUCACACAUGAAGCCUGACGUUCAGCAGCUCUACAUCCUGAGGGGUCAGUAUUUAUGCGACAUGGGAUUGUUCACCCAGGCAACCCGCUGCAUCGAGUAUGCGGCUGAGAUGAGCCAAGUACACACUCAGAAUUAUAUCAUCACCCUCUGUCCCCCCAUAGCACUGGGCUCAUCAUCCUCUGUCCCCCCCAUAGCACUGGGCUCGUCCCCAUUGCAGCAGGCUGCUGUGCAGUCUUUCCUGGGGAACAACGACAGGGCCAUCGCCUGCAUGACACACGCUGUGGGCCAGAGCCGUCUCCCCAUCCUCAUCCUCGUGGGGAAGACGCAGAUGAAGUCAAACCUGUUCCCGGAGGCGGUGGAGAGCUUUAAAAAGGCCCUGGCGGUUCUGUGCCCUGUGGAGAGUCACCCAGUGACUGCACCAGAGGCCGCUCAGAUCUACCACCUGAUGGGAAUGUGCUACAUGUCCCAGGACCUCCUGCAGCAGGCUUGUGAUGCGUUCACUAAUGCGUUGAAGAUCAACCCGGACUACGCCGACGCCUACCACCAACGUGGCCUGUGCCGCAUGCGGCUCAACCAGAGCAGGAGUGUUCAGGACUUCAACCGCGCGCUGUCCCUCAACCCCUACUUCUUCCAGGUGUAUUUGAGUCGUGCAACCUUCUAUGGGACCAACAGCCGAUAUUCUACAGCUAUUCUGAACUGCAACGAAGCCAUCAAGAUACAGCCAAACAGCGUGAGGGCAUAUCUGUACAGAGGUGCUUUCAAAUACUUCCUCAAGGUGUACAAUGGAGCAGUGGAAGACCUGACCACAGCCGUCAAACUCGACCGCACCUGCUCUUUUGCUUACUACAACCGUGCCGUGUGCCACCACCAGAUGAAGGAAUACGAGCAGGCCCUGCGAGACUACAGCAUUGUCCUCCUGCUCCCCGAACAGAGGGAGAUCGGCCUUAAAGUAAUGAUCAACCGCGGCCUUCUCUACAUGGAGCUUAACGAUCAUCACAAUGCCUUGGCGGUAUGGAGGGAUUCCAAUUCAGCGCGGUGUAAAACUGCCAAGAGCCUCGUCUCAGCCUCCACCACUGAUUUCAUAACAGCCUCAAAGAGAAAACCAAAGGAUACGGCCAUCCACCAUGCCGUGGGAGUGUAUCAUCACAGGCUGGGCCAGCUGCAUCAGUCUGUGGAGUCCUACACAGCGGCCAUUCGGCUUCUCCCCUUCUCCCUGGACGCCUACGUGGGCCGGGGCAGCGUCUACAUGGACUACGGCCACGCCCAGGCUAACAAGCAGGCACAGAGGGACUUUCUGUCUGCCCUACACCUCAAUCCGCUCUCUGUCAAUGCACGCAUCUGCCUAGCGUACAACUUUCAGGUUUUUGGAUGUUUCCAGAAGGCCUGGAAUCAAUUCACCAUCGCCUCGGAGAUCAGCCCUUCAAGCUGGGCCGCCUACGAGGGCAGAGCCAUUGUCAACCUGCAGAUGGGGAAUCUCUAUGCUGCCUUCCAGGACAUCAGCAAAGCACUGAGGCACAACCCACUGCACGACCAGCUUCUCACUAACCGCGGCGUUAUAAGCCAGUACAUGGGAGACAAAUCCACUGCUAUGCAGGACUACCAGAAGGCUAUAUCUGUGAACCCCGACUACUCUUUGGCCUACUUCAAUGCUGCAAACCUCUACUUUUUCAACAGGCAGUUUGAAAAGGCCCUGGAGUACUACAGCGAGGCCAUCAAGCUGGACCCCGGGGACGAGUCUGCGGUGCUCAACCGCGCCAUCACGCUCACCUUGCUGCGGAAGGUUCCGGAAGCCUUGCAGGACUUCACCCAGGCCUUGCGGCUCAACCCACACUUCUCGCAUGUGUUCCUAAACCGGGCCAACCUCUACUGCUCCCUGAGGAAGUACCGCAGUGCAGAGAGGGACCUGACUCAAGGUUGGGCUCUCCUCUGCUCCUCUGUGCUCUCUGUCAUUCUCAUUCAUUUUCUGGCUCUUUUUUUUUUUUUUACCUUUCCUGGUUGUUUCACGGCUGGCUCUGUAGUUGUAGAUUCCCGCCUCCAUCUUUUCUCUCCAUCUAUUGACCUGCUGCCCAGUGAUGCCUUGCUGUAUAAACUGCGUGCUGAUGUGCGUGGUCACCUGGGCCUUACCCAGCAGGCCUUGCAGGACUAUGGCACCGCGCUGGAGCUCCAGGAGGCACAGGAUUCAUUAGUCACUCCCCGCUGACAGCGGGCGCUGACUUCUCCACAGGACCCUUGCUUCAAUGGAAAUAAAGCUGAAGGCCACAGGUUCCACCUCUAAGUGCCACUUUAACAGUGUACUGAAGCACCCACAGCAUUUGUAAUUAUACUCAGUGCAUAGUCAGUUGAGUGGAGGGGUUCAACAAUCAUGGUCAUCCAGAUGAGUCUUAGUUGCUGAAUGUAUAUUUGAAGCACAACAAAAGUGUGUGUCACCUGGAUGCAAAAGUAGCAGUUUCCAGGAGGGUUGCAGUCAUAUCACCUUCCAUUUGAGUGAGUGUAUAACAGGUGCUAAGUGCAGGACCAGUCUCUAAAUUCCUUUGAACAGCCCGGUGUGACUUUUUACUUGCAUUUAUGCAGAGUGGCUUGAAAGUUCUCCUGAGGCAUAUUCUAUCAGCAGGUUCCCAUCCCUUCUCAUUUGCCUUUUAUUUCCUAUUUGUCCACAUCUCUUGACAUUUACAGCUGGCUGUGCCCUUAUCUGGCUUUAAUGUACCUUUUGGUGCAGUGGCUAGCUGUGUUAUUUAUUCAAAUUAUUGAUGCUUGAUGAUUCCAGCCGUUAUAAUGGCCAGGCAUAUGUUUUUUUUUUUUUGUGCAAGCUCAGCUAGCAAGUCAAGUCAGGGCAAAACCUCUAAAUGCAAAUGAGUUGUAAUGACCAACACAAAGCACCUGCAAAGAGAACUGUUUGACACGCAGUCACCCACAAGACCCACGUCUAACUCAAUUAAAAUAAGCCUCAAGUCAAGCUAGACAUAGACAUGAAUUCUAUCCUCAUUGUGUCACAUUGUGAUUAUCAGACUAUUUAACCUUUCCUCUUUUCUUCUUAUGAUUCCAUCUUGAUUCCUCUCACACACACACACACACACACACACACACACACACACACACACACACAUUCAGUAUAUAUACUUCCAUCAGUUCUACUUUUAAAGGCUUUUGCUCCACCUGCUCCACCAGAGGAAAGUCCUUUUGGUGAAAAAAAAGCAACCUUAUGGAGGCUUGAGUUUGAUGAAAAACAGAACACCUGCCCAGAGAGAGCUGGCUUUCUUCCAGAGAUGGGCAGAGAACUAGAGAGAGAGAGUGAGAGAGCAGAGUGCGAACACAGCCAUCUGUGCUGCCAUCUCGCAGCCCGACCGAUACUCAUUACCUUUCAAGGGCAGCCAUCACGGCUCUUGUGCAAGCGGGGGCACUUGGAUGGGGUUGUACAAACGGAAACAGGGAGCAAUUUGCCGGGGUGACAAAAGCAUUUCUCAGUAAUGUCCCUUGUUUUUAUUAUUCGCAUUUAAAUGAGGUAUGCCGCUGUGGGGUUGGCAUCCUUUCACAAGUAGAGUGUCGUAGAGAUGCUAAUGAGAAAGCAUAAAAUAAGCCUCUGUGAGGAACAGAAUAUAUUUUAGGAUCACCUGCAUCAGCGCCGUCAUUACAAUGCCAACACAUUUCUUAUUUUUUUUGUUAUCCAUAUUUAGAGGUCUUUUGUCACACAGAUUGAGGUCAUGUUAUUCACCAUUUCCUCCCAACUUGCUUUUUUCCCAUUCUUCUUGUGAAGUCGUGUCCCUCCUAUCCAGCCUAAUAAUGUCAUAAAUGCAAUCAAAGUUUAUCCUGCCACAAUUCACACAAGCUGC